ACUUCUAUUCUCACAACCUUCUCCUUUAACCCUAGCAAUCCAAAUCUCCUCAUUUUUCUCAUCACAACUAUGGCCACCGCCACCACACUCGUUGGCCCACCCGAGUUAUACACCACCGUCACCGCCACCACUAACAAAACUUCCAUCGAUCAAAUGGUAACAAAUUUCAACACCCUUCAUACAAACCAAAACCCACCAAUGACUCUAACAGAAAACAUGUCACCAACAUAUCUCACUACUGGCAACCCAUGUCUUGACUUCUUCUUCCAUGUUGUCCCCGACACUCCCCCUGAAACUCUCCUCCGACGACUUCAAUUAGCAUGGUCCUAUAACCCACUCACCACCCUUAAACUCGUCUGUAACCUCCGCGGCGUUCGCGGUACCGGCAAGUCCGAUCGUGAAGGUUUCUACGCCGCUGCUCUUUGGUUUCACCACUACCACCCUAAAACCCUAGCUUCUAACGUCCCUUCCCUUGCUGACUUUGGUUACUUCAAAGAUCUCCCAGAAAUCCUUUACCGUCUUCUGCAAGGUACCAAUAUACGUAAAAUCCAGAAAGAAGAAUGGAAUCAAAAGAAAUUAGCAGCCUACAGAAAAAAAAAUCGCAAAUCAAAGUCAAAAUCAAAAUCAAAAACCCGCUUUGGUGUAAGAAAAUUCGAUCAAGAACAAUGGGAGUUUAAACCCCCUUUGGUUCAAGUUAAACCCCCUCUGGUUAAGAAAAUCCAAAACCCCUUUUCGGUACUUCACGAUUAUACUGAUGAAGACUCUUUGAUGAGUGAAGAGAUUGCGGUGAGGGAUGCGGCGAAGGCUGCGGCGAGGGCCAAGAGAGAUGAGAAAAGAAAAGCUUCUCUUUUGAAGAAAGAGAAGAUGAUUGCAUUAGAUUAUGAGAAGAAAGAGAAGAGGAUUGCACUAGCUUAUGAGAAGCUUCCGAAGAAAGAGAAGAAGAUUGUAUUGGCUAAGAAGCUUGUUGAACGGUAUAAUCGUGACCCUCAUUUUAAGUUUCUUCAUGAUUGUAUAUCUGAUCAUUUUGCUGAUUGUUUAAAGAAAGAUAUUGAGUUUUUGAAAUGUGGGUCGUCCACAAAUAUUAGUCUUGCUGCGAAAUGGUGUCCUUCGGUUGACUCUUCAUUUGAUAGGGCGACAUUGUUGUGUGAGAGUAUCGCGAAGAGGAUUUUUCCUAGGGAGGAGUAUGAAGGUGUGGAGGAGGCGCAUUAUGCUUAUAGGGUUCGUGAUCGUUUGAGGAAGGAUGUGUUGGUGCCAUUGAGGAAGGUUUUGGAGUUGCCUGAGGUGUUUAUUGGGGCUAAUCGAUGGAAAUUGAUUCCUUACAACAGGGUUGCGUCUGUGGCGAUGGAGUUUUAUAAAGAGAAGUUUUUGAAGCAUGAUAAAAAGAGGUUUGAGAAGUAUUUGGAGGAUGUGAAAGUGGGGAAGACUACGAUCGCUGCUGGUGCUUUGCUUCCUCAUGAUAUUAUUCGGUCGUUGGGGGAUGGAGAUGGUGGAGAGGUGGCGGAGUUACAGUGGACGAGAAUGGUGGAUGAUUUGCUCAAGAAAGGGAAGAUGAGGAAUUGUCUUGCUGUGUGUGAUGUUUCUGGGAGUAUGACUGGGAUCCCUAUGGAUGUGUGUGUGGCAUUGGGAUUGUUGGUGUCUGAAUUGUGUGAGGAACCUUGGAAAGGGAAGGUGAUUACUUUCAGUGCUGAGCCUCAGCUUCAUGUGAUUCAGGGGGAUGAUCUGAAGUCCAAGACAGAGUUUGUGAUGGAGAUGGAUUGGGGGAUGAACACUGAUUUCCAGAAGGUAUUUGAUCGCAUAUUGGAUGUCGCUGUAAAUGGGAAUCUCAAGGAGGAUCAGAUGAUUAAGAGGAUAUUUGUAUUCAGUGACAUGGAGUUUGAUCAAGCAUCUGCAAACUCUUGGGAAACUGAUUACCAAGCAAUCACUAGGAAGUAUAGAGAGAAAGGGUAUGGUUCUGCUGUGCCUCAGAUAGUUUUUUGGAAUCUGAGAGACUCGAUGGCGACCCCAGUGUCAGCCACUCAGAAAGGAGUGGCGCUGUUAAGUGGAUUUUCUAAGAAUCUGCUGAAAUUGUUCUUGGAUAAUGAAGGUGAUAUAAGCCAUCUGCUGACAGACAAUGAUGGUGAUAUAAGCCCUGUAGGAGUUAUGGAAGCUGCAAUUGCUGGCCCCGAGUAUCAGAAACUAGUUGUGCUGGAUUGAUUUCCUUAUGCAAUUAGUAUUUAUUUAGUGCAAAAACUUUAGCAAUGUCAUUAAUCAAUAUCCUGGUAACUUUGUAUCUUUUGGAGUAGAUGUGAGCAAGAAACUUUAUAAUGAAUGAAAAUGGUCCAAACUUAUGGACAGUUGCCUAUA